AUACCCAACCUCUGGCAAACAAUACAACGGGUACAAAGCCACUCUUAGUGCGCUACCCGGUUUCAGAUUCGAGCAUAACUGAUCUGAUGCCUAUGGUUGGCGGAUAUGCAAUUACCAACCAUACAGGAAUAGGCCGCCUUCAAGUAACGCCUAUGGUUGACAGAACCAUUGAUGGUUGUUGUUGUCAUCCAUUAUCAAAGCCAUUGAUGGUUGUUGUGGCAAAGGGAGAUGAAAUUGAUGAGGAAUUGGACCGAAGAAACCAAUGA